AAGCUCGAGCUCAAGCACGGAUGCGUCUUAAGACGACUGAGACCUACUGUAAAUUACCCGUUCUGCCCUCCUAGUACACAUGGCAAUUUCACGUUUAGUACUAGGACCUUUCUCGCCUCUUCUACGCUUCUCUCUCACACCAACCAAGCUCACUCCUCAACUACAUUCUCGCAGAUACCGCUUCUUCUCCAUCCGUGCUGCUAUGGCGUCUUCACCUGCUCGCAAGGUUUUGGUUCCGGUUGCGAACGGCACCGAGCCGCUCGAGGCAGUCAUCACCAUUGACGUUCUUCGACGUGCUGGAGCUGAUGUUACCGUCGCUUCCGUGGAGAAUCAUCUUCGUGUUGAUGCAGCUCAUCAGAUUAAGAUUGUUGCUGAUUCUCUCAUUUCUGAUUGCGAGGACACUGUUUUCGAUCUCGUCGCACUUCCUGGAGGUAUGCCAGGUGCUACCAAUUUUAGAGACUGUGCAGUUUUGGAGAACAUAGUGAAGAAGCAAGCUGCAGAUGGUCGACUUUAUGCUGCAAUCUGUGCUUCACCGGCAGUGGUGCUUGGCUCAUGGGGUUUGCUGAAGGGGUUGAAAGCCACAUGCUAUCCAUCAUUUAUGGAGCAACUUGGAACUACUGCAACUGCUGUUGAAUCCCGAGUACAGAUUGAUGGCCAAGUAGUGACAAGUCGUGGGCCUGGUACUACCUUGGAGUUUGCUGUUGCGCUGGUUGAGCAGUUGUAUGGGAAAGAGAAGGCUGAAGAAGUUUCUGCACCUUUGUUGUUGCGUUCCAACCAUGGUCAUGAAUAUACUAUUGCUGAGUAUAAUCAAGAGAAGUGGACAUUUGGUGAUGGCCCAAGGAUUCUCGUACCUAUAGCUAAUGGCACUGAGGAAAUGGAGGCUGUUAUGAUCAUUGACAUUCUUCGACGAGCAAAAGGGAAAGUGGUGGUGGCUUCUGUUGAGGACAAACUAGAGAUUCUUGCUUCUCGAAAAGUUAAACUGGAGGCAGAUUUACUUCUCGAUGAGGCUGCUGAACAGUCAUACGACCUAAUAGUUUUGCCUGGAGGGCUUGGUGGCGCCGAAGCAUUUGCAAAAUCUGAAAAACUGAUUAAUCUACUGAAGAACCAGAGAGAAUCAAACAAACCCUACGGAGCAAUAUGUGCAUCCCCAGCUCUGGUCUUAGAACCCCAUGGUUUGUUGAAGGAUAAAAAAGCCACUGCUUUUCCUGCAUUGUGCGACAAACUGUCCGACAAAAGCGAAAUCGAAAACAGGGUGGUAGUUGACGGAAACCUGAUUACAAGCAGGGGACCUGGAACUACGAUGGAGUUUUCUUUGGCAAUCGUGGAGAAGCUGUUUUGUAGGGACAUAGCAGUCCGGCUGGGAAAAACAAUGGUCUUCAUCAGUGAAUAAAUGUCAUUCGAGCAUUCUCACUGUGAGUGUUUCGUUAUCUUAGCUACUAUGAAUGGAAUGACUUGUAUGAACUGGAGAGUUGGAUACUCAUUUGAACGUGUGAAUCCACUUCGAAAUUUUGUAUAGAUGUUUGUUGAAUAAUAAACUGAGUUACUGAAAUGCAA